AUACUGCAAAUACAAUCCCUACAUGCAUGGAAUCCUCUUCGAACACGAGAUUAUUCACUUCUUCAUAUUUAAAAUUUAUAGUGUAUUAGUCUAAUUAUUAGAAUUCUCUGAUAAAAAAAAGUAAUCUGAUAAGAAAAAUGUAUAAGACAAGAAAAAAAAUGUUUCGUUAAUUUUGUGAGAUACGAUAAGAAAAAGAUAUGAGCUUUAUUUCUGAGAUAACUUACUACGCCAGUGCCUGUCAUCAAUAUCAAUUCACACUUUCUAUUUUUAACAAACUCAAAAUUGCAACUUCUUUCUGAAUUUGAUAUUUUUCAAAACCCUAACUCGCCUUCGCCAUUCUUCGUGCCUUCACGGCUGAACAGCCUACAACUAUAUGCUGCAAUUAUCCUUCCACAUGUCAGCAACAACCAUCCUUUGCUAUAAUCCAUCUAGCAAAUUUCUGGGAACAAAUCCGCUUAAACAAAGAUACUUGAAAAAGAAUUCAUUUUCUCCUAGUUUAUCUGGUUCAAGAUCAUUCACUUGUGGAUUUGUUCUUUUCAACCUCCGGGGGAAAAGUGCGAUGGAUGGAUUCGAAAGAACUGCUUACAGAGAUGGAAACAGUGAUGAACAUGUUCAAGUGCUUGAACAAGAAGCUUUUGUUGGUAGUUCAUCUGAGCUUCAGCCAAAGUUUUUGUUCCAGGAGAUGGAAUCAACUCUUAAUCAACUGGAAAGGACUUAUUGCAGAAUCCAGAGAUUCAUCACUAUUCAUUGAUGAUAUACUUAUUGCAAAAGAAAGGAAACAAAAAGAUUUUAAAAACUUGAGCAAGUGGAUAGUAACUGCCCUCUUUGGUGCUUUCGUUAUUUGGAGGCAUGACGCAGAAGCCUUGUGGUUUGCAGGGGGGUCUGUUUUAAAUGCAAUGCUUUCUGUUUUACUCAAACAAAUACUGAAUCAGAAACGACCUUCAACCCUGAAAUCUGACCCUGGAAUGCCAUCUUCACAUUCUCAAUCCAUCUUCUUUGGUGUCAUGUUUAUUAUCUUGUCAAGUGUUGAAUCGUUAAGUAUCAAUGCAUUCACCAUUACCAGCAGUUGCCUGGCUUUGGCACUUGGUUCUUAUAUGUCAUACCUACGGGUGUCACAAAAACUUCAUACAGUGAGCCAAGUGAUCGUUGGAGCAUUUGUCGGGUCCAUAUGCUCUAUAUUGUGGUAUUGGCUAUGGAAUGGUUUUAUGCUAAAUGCUUUCGUAUCCUCUUUAUGGGUCAGAAUCAUUGUUAUUUUGGGGUCUGCAGGAAUUUGUUUAGGUUUUCUUUUGUAUGUGAUUCGCCAUUGGCUUAAAGAGGAAUGAAACUUUAUCAAAAAUGUGUUAUAACAUCAACAUUGUACCGACUUCUGUGGUACAUUCUUUAAUUUUACUUUUUUGGUGAAGUUAAGUUAAUUGUUUUAGCCAA